AUGGUCCAAGAAGUUGAGGCUAUGUUGGCCGCCUUUGACGCCGAGUUUCCUCUGUCGGCGGGACCCGAGCCAAAGGCCCCUCUUGCGGCGCGGAUCCGCAGUCAAGAUGGUCACCGUCCGGCCUCUGCCCUCACCGGCGGCAACUGGGAAAAAUCCCAACACAAGAAGGGUGCCAUCACGGUUGGUCAUGUGAGGGAUGCCACCCGCACCUCGGUUGCUUGGUUCCCCAAGGAUCCGCAGUUCUCGGACGAGGACUACUGGAACUAUGCUGUCAGCCAAGGGCUUACGCACCAACGACCGCUGGUGUUACGCCAAGCUGGUGGCCGGGACCUUGGGUUGUUGGGCGUGGACGAUCUGCGUUAUUUCCUCAAACAGCAGCAGUGGAUUGAAGUUGUGCUUACUAGGAAAAAGGUCUCGGAAAAGGGACCUCCGGUGUGGAUCAUCAAGGCGCAACCUCCUCAGGAGCAAGGGGCUUUGAACCUUGACUCCUUCUCGCAUUCUGACGAGAACUGGUGCAUCACCAUUGCCCCUGAGAGAAGAGCCAAGAAGCGUGCCCAAACUCUUGAGACUGUUCCUCUGAAAGGGCCCAAGAAGAAGUGGGUUGACAAGGAGUCUCUUGCCUCGCAACCUGUCAGUCCCACCCUGCUUGACGAGUCCGACGACGACAUCGACGGAGAUUAUCGGUCUGCCAGCAUGCGCUGCGCAAGUCCUAAGGCAAAGGCUCAGUCUGAUGCUGAUCGUGAAAGGUCCCGAUGCCGUGGGAAAAAGGCCAGCGUUGGUGAGGCCACUGCUGCAGUCCCUGAGGCUCCAGCUCCGGUUGCUAAUCCUGACGCGUUGCUUGAGGAUAAGCGCCUACAGGAUGCAGAUCUCGCUCGUGAAGCUGCCAGUCUCCGCCUUAAGUGUGCUCUUCACCUUUCGAAGCAUCAGGCGACGCUCGCGGAAGUCUGGACGCCAGACAGUAACGAGGCCUGGCUGGAGGGUCGGGGAGGCGCAGCCCCUCCAGAGAACUUUGAGCAAUACUUGAAGCUAGUUCCUAAAGCUGCUACGUGGGCGGACGGACUUAUGCUGGAGCCCCUUGCUCAGCAACUUGGUUGCCCCAUCCUGGUGUGGGUGUGGGCUCAUCGCAUGAGUCCUGACAGAGAAUCGGCCUGGCUUUGUGGCUGGAUCUGCUGGAUCCCAACCAUAAAUGCCCUGAGGCGUGGUUGGUUGGCGCUGCCAGGAGAAAGCCGCAGGAUCUUCGUGGUGCUGGUGAACGUGGGUCUACCAAGAGCGCGGGCCUUUGCAAAGCUUCGUCUUGCGCGGCUUCCUGCUCCUCUCGUUGCAGUUCGUCCAUCAAGCUCUGCGCUGCCUCCCUUACUCCGUCGCGUCCUCGGUCGUGCGCUCUGUCUCUUGCUUCUGCCACCCAUUCGAGGGCUAGCGGCCCUUCUAGAGGACCUCGACAGACUCAUUGUGACUCAUUGCUAUUGCCUUAGCGUCCUCAACCGCUGGCCGCAGGCAGCAAGGUUCGCGCUGGCUACUGCGGCCAAGAGACACUACCGUCUCAAGCGUGCUUGCAGGGACACGUCUCUGAAGGCCAUCCAGAAGGCUCAUGGUCCACGGGCUAACAAUUUGAAUCAGUUCAUGCAGUGGACGGACACAAAAACUCAUGAAGCAGGCAGUCCAAUCGAGAAUUGGUCAGAAAGCAAAGUCGUCAACGCACUCCACAACUUUGCACGCGGGAGACAAAAUGCCAAAACCUUAGAGUAUUGGUCUUUCACGUUGAAGAGUAUUACGGGGUGGUUCUUCGACGGUGUCCUCGUGCACAUGUUGGGCUCUCUUCGGCGACACAGCAUCACCUGGAUCGGGAAAACCCGUACAGGUAAGAGUCUCGGUUGUAAAACCGUGGCGUUUUGUCAGUCGAAGUAUGAAAUCGAGCAAGCCGACCGGGAUGAUCUUUAUCCUGCUAUCGUUACAGCGAAACAUUUGGACUUUUUCAAGUCCGAGUCGGAAGAGGAUGCCACCGUGUGGGCGCGCUAUUCGUCGGCUUAUUUCGAGCAAGGUAUUUGGGAAAUCAAGCAUGAGAACUUCGUCCAGCUGAUCCAACCGUCCUUUGCGAGCAUAGACGAAACAGAAGAUAUGGAUGCUAUUCUUGCCCGCACGCACACCAUCGUCAUCACGGAUUUCGGCAUCUAUUGGCGUCUCGCAAGUUCUUCGAAAAGCAACGUGAAGUUUGUUUCAUGGCCACAUGGUGAACCCAAAGAUUUGCUUGCAGCAGCAGAAAAGCCCAUAUUUCAGGCGUAUAGGAAAGAUCCUCACAAACACAGUCCCCCAGAAAGCUUCCAGCAGGACAUGAUUUGGUCAUUGGAGGUUCUUCAUCGCUUAUUCCAAGGAGAGACCCUUCCGCAGACGGUCACAAUUCGCGGACGAAGCUUGUUUUCAGACGAGCCACAACCACCUCGACAAAUCGCGCCCCGCAUCCUCGACGACGCCACAAUGCGUACCCGAGUCAAGAAGGAGCAGGACAGCGAUGUGGAUGAUGUCGCCCAAAGUAAGGAUCCAGAUGAUGAUGAUCUCGAAAAGCAACUCGAAGACCUCGUGGAGCAGGCUAAAGAGGCUGAGGAGGCCAAUGAUGAAAUGGAUGUUGUCGAGGAGGCAGUCGGGGAAGGCCCAGGAGACAACAAUCUCACAGGUGGCGCCGAUCAGCAUGGCCUAUUUCGCGAUGUAUGUGGCGUGCGAGUUCUUCAGUGGUUCGGGCUGCCGGUUGAAGUCGUGAAGAGUGGGCCCUUCAGUGUGGCGAUUCUCAACAACAUGAUCUCGAUGUUCAAUGUUGAGUUCGUUCCGGUGUCGCCCGCACAUGUAGGCAUGGAGGGUAUGUGCCUAUGUCAUUCCAACAACCAUUUCACCGGUUCAUGGUGUCGUGAAGGUUUAGUUCGGCACUUCGACAAUGGCGACGUGAGUGCAUGCAGUAUCAGCUUCCCCCAGCAGCUCGCACAAUCAGAUGCCACAACGUUUUUUCGCAUGGUCGGGAAACAUGCGCAUGAUCCCCACAAGCUCUGCAGCCUCGAGGGCGGCUCCGGCAAUGCAUACAAGCGUCCAGCGGCAAAACCGCAAAAUCCACAGUUCACCUGCCCCCUCACGCAAUGCGCCAUCCCGGGAUGCGGAGGGUCAUUAGUGCAAAAGCAGCCUAUUGAGGCUAUUUGUUAUGGCAUGGCCGGCCCUCAACAUGUGAUUCACAUGCCCAAGCAGUGUAGCUCUAGAAAUUGCCGGUCCACUUAUGCCUACAACUUUCGGUGGGAAGCUGGACAGAAAGUCAAUGUUCUAGAUUUGGAGGACUUCAAAGAUGAUGUGAUUUUCGUCAGUGGCAAAAAGUGCUUCAGCAUUCAGUAUCUUCGUUAUCAUGAAGAGCUCCUUUUCCGUGGUCACGUCUCUACCAGAGCCAUCGAGCAUGCCUACACUUCCGUCUUCGGCCUGCAGGAUGAUGCUCCCAAUGAUGUCGUCACGGGCUUCAGGAAACUUCAUCAGACAGCUUUACUCUAUUUUCUCGCAAUCAAGGAGUUUCAGGUGUUGAACCUUCAUAAAACUUUGCUGAUUGAUGAUGAAAUCGCCGACGCGAGCCUCGACCUCUAUCAUGCGUAUUGUCAUGCGAGUUUGUUCCCUCCAGAGAACCGCCAGAAAGUGCAGGCAUUGGUUGGGGAUGGUCGCCGCAAGAAGCUUGGCAAAAUCAUCAAGGGUGUGAACACCAGCAUAUGCGAACAGAUUUUCGCAUGGUUCCGCAACUUUUCGUUCAACUUCAACGAACUCCGUGGCAACCGGCAUAAGUUUGUCAUCCUUUACAUGGCUAAACGCCGCAACGAAGCCAUCGAGAGCAACACCGCAGUGUAUCUCCGCCCCGUAAAGAAGAAGUCGCAUGGUGUUAUCAAGCCGUAUGGGUGUGGCGUUCAGAAGAAGACCAGUGAGGCCACCAUCAAGCACAAGUGUAUUAUGAAAAGCUCGCGUAAGAGGUGUGUGAUGAAAGCCAUGAAGCGAAUCAUGAAGAAGUAG